AUGAAAAGCGAAUAUAAUUUGUAAAUUAAAUUUGAUAAGGCGAAUAAUACUUUUAAGCCAGGAGUAUGAAAUAUAUUUGAAAUAGGAUUUUGUUUCUGGAUAAGUUUCUCUUAUAUUUACAGAUCUAUAAUAGAAAAGACUUGAAAUAAAAUAAUUUAUAUGGAAAUCUGAAGGGACAAUAAUAUCAUAAAAUAAAGAAACGCACAAAGAUUUAGAGAGGAUGUCAAGUUAGCUUCAUCCUGUUUUACUACAUUAACUAGAUGGAAAAUUGACUACAGAUAAUUAUAUGUAGAAUAAUAAUAAUUUAUAGAAUUUAGAUUAUAAGAGAAGAAUAGUUUUCCAUUUAAAUACCAAUUAACUCCAUAUUAAGAUAGGAAAAUUUUGGAAACUUAUGUUGGUGUUUAUAUUGCAAUAUAAUAUUCAAUAGAAGCAGAAUUAACAUUAGCUAAUGGAUUAAAAGUUACCUCAAUAAUUCCUUAUUUUGUUUAUGUACCAGGAUAAGGAAAUGACAGAAUUAAGCAGACAGAAAAAUAUCCUAGAGUUGAACAUUUUUUGAUAACUCCAGAUAAAUUAUUAGGAAAUUCAAGCACAAUGAAUAAAACAUAGAGUGCCAAAUUUAGAAUUAAUGGAUAGAUUGACACAACAAUUUGUUUAUUUUAAGAAGAUUUUCAUGGAUACAUAAUUAUUUAAGAAUGUGAUUCUGAAAUAAGAACAAUAGAUAUAUAGUUUAUAAGAGUAGAGAAAUUAGAAAAUAAUUUAGGAAAAAUUAGUGAAGCAACAGAGAUUUAGUUGAUAUAAAUUGUAGAAGGGAAUGCUACAAGAGGAUUAGAAUUACCUUUUCAUAUGAUAUUUCCAAAAUAUUUUUCAUGUCCAAAUUUUCAAUUUAGAGAAUUUAGUGGUAUGAAAUAUUAAUAUUAUUUAGUUGAUUUUGAAGUGAACUUAGUUAUGAUAUUAUAUGAUGGAUUUAAAGUGACAUUAAACUUUCCAUUAAAUAUUAUUAGAAAAUGA